AUGGGCAUGUUUGUGUGGGUGGACGAUGAUGACGAUGACGAUGUCUAUGAUGUUGUGGAACGCUUCGAGGAUGUGCCAGAAUGCGUGAUGUACUUCUACAAAGAGAAGGUGCCAGAGUGGGGGGCCUCUACAAGCGGUGCUGCCCGUCUCUGUCAGCGCUUUGCCAACAGGUACCACUUUGCCACACUGUAUGACACAAACCAUCGCAUUGCUGUCUACUCUGCCUAUCAUUUCCAGUCGAGCAAUGGAGGUGGCAGGGAGAGGAGGUGGUUUGUAGAACCUCAGCUGGUUAACUUGUCCUGGCAAGCGGAGAUGAAGGAUGGCUACUGGCUGGGGAAGGACCACCCUGGGGUCUACCAAGGAGAGAGACAGGCUCUGAAUGAAGACUACACACACUCUGGCUUUGACCGUGGUCACCUUAACCCCAACGGACACCAUGCAGUCCCUAGCCGCAAUGCCACCUUCACCCUGACCAAUGUGGUCCCUCAGAACCCCAAACUGAACCAGAAUGCCUGGAGGAUCCAUGAGUCCCAGCUCACCCACCUUUUCCAGACCAAGUGCUCCAAGGCCUAUGUGCUGGUUGGGGCCAUUCCCUCUGCAGACAACUGGAUUGUCAAAAACAAUGUGAGGCGUGUCAACAUCCCAGACUACCUGUGGAAUGCCUAUUGCUGUGUGGACAACAAUGGUAGGCCCCUUCAGAGUGGUGCUGCCACAGCAAGGAACACUGAAGCCAACUGGGUGGAGAAGCGCUCUCUGGAAGAACUGGGAGAAUUCCUGCAGCAGUUCUCCAAUCAACCAGUGGGGGAGCUGUUUUACAACAGCUGCAGGGUAUGA